AUGACGAGGUCAGCAUCCUUUGAUGUGAUAGGUACUUGUUUCGGGUUCUCCGCCCCAAUCCAAGCCAUCCACUCCCGUCUGGGCCCGAAACUCAAGACCGCCGAUGUGGACCCAAAAACGCUUUUCUUUUCCUGGUUCUAUGCUGCGCAGCGCGACUUUACAUAUGUAUCCAUGACCGGAUCCUACGUCCCAAUUGCGCAAGUCCUGAAAUCGACCUUCCGGCGCGCGUGUGCCGUGGUAGAUCUACCCACCGAUGCUGUUACCGAUGAGGAUCUAGAGGAGAUCAUGAAGGCAUUCAGGAGCAUGGGGCCAAGAGAAGGCCUCAAGGCAUGCUUCGAUGGGUUGAGGGAAGCUGGGUGGGAAGUCUAUGGUGUGACCAACGGCGGAUCAGAGACGUCGCUGAAUUACUACCACAGCGCGGGUAUUGAGCUCGAUGCCGACCAUUUGCUAAGUUGCGAUGCGAUACAAGUUGCGAAGCCUGAUGUCCGAGUUUAUGAGAACGCCAAUCAGUACAUUUCUAAGAGAUUACAAGGGAAAGAGGAAGGGGAAAGGUGGUUUGUUGCAGCGCAUGCGUGGGAUUUGAUUGCAGCGAGGAAGGCGGGGUUUAAGACAGCCUAUCUUACACUUGAGGAACACGACCCUUGUACCGACGUGUUUGGGGAAUUUGAUCUGUACGCGUCCAGCAUGGUUGAGUUGCUGCGUAAGCUGGAAGAGCUCAAGUGA